AAACCCUCAUUGUUUAUAAUCAACAUGAAACAGAGUGGGGAGAAGACUCUGAGAAGAGACUGCAAAUUGAAAGAAAAGGAAGCAGUGAGAGGUUAAUUCUGAUUGCUUUCAAUGAUACUGGAACAUUUGCUCUCUGCUGAAUAUUGCUGAGAAAAGAAAAGGAUCUUGAACCAUUUAUUAUUUUCAGCAUCAUGUGUAAAUCCCUCAGUUGUGAUUUGUAAGAGCUGAACUUCUGUAGGAAACAAAAAACACAUUACAAUUAAGUAACUGUGUUUUGAGUUAGAAAAUGAAAAUGAGUCAAAGCAUAUUUAAAUAACAGUGAUACGAAGUUCCAUAUUUUGAACAUUUGUUUUUAAUGACUGAAAGAAAAUAGAAGGACCAAGAAGAUGGAAACUAUGAAUGUAUUCCUGGCUUUGACUGUUCUUAUUCUCUUGGGGAAUCUUGAACCUCUAAUAGUAGCCAAACUUGUCCUGGUGAAUAAAGGGAUUAGCCUUGAAAGAGGACGAGUUGCAUAUAUAACUGAAAACGAGCUACAGUUCAACAUUUCUAAAGAGAGAGAUUCUUGCAAAGUAGAGGUGGUUUUAAAUGAGCCAGUGAUGCAAAGAGUUGGGAAACUGACACCUCAGGUAUUUCAUUGCCACUUUCUACCCAAUGAAGUGAAAUACGUUCAUAAUGGAUGCUCACUCCUUAAAGAAGACACUGUGAUGCUGAGGGUAUAUAGGUUUACACCACUGGAGACUAUGGUAGAGAAGUUUGUUAUUAAUAUAAAGAUCAGAAGCCCAACAUCAAGUCUUGCUGAAUUUGGACAAGUUCAUCUAGAAGUUCCACAUUUCUUUGGGAUUUCUCAGCCCAUUGACAGAAACAUUUUGAGUUUUAAAUAUAAUGGGUUUGGUAAAGCCUGCACAGUAAGGAUCAUGUCAUCUGAAUCCCAGUUUCCUGCUGUUGGUCAACUAAUUGCUGAGGACCUUAAAACAGAUAAAAGUGAAGAUGGACGAGUGCCCACUAAACUAAAGAAAGAUGGAGAAUCCAAAUUACCUUGUCCCAACAAUGCGGCCUGUCAUUCAGGAUUGAAAGAAAUACGUGAUCUAAAGAUGAGUUGUGAAGACUUCCUGGAGAUGGGUCUUAGGUACAAACACCUCAGUCCUCCAUCACCUGAUAAGGAUUAUAUCUCAAUUCAAGUAGAAAUCAGAGAAAAAAAGAGCAGAUUUCAGUUACAGGCAGAAAAUGUAUGGAUUCCUGUAAAGAUAAAAGGUGCUAUUCCAAAUGGAAAACCUCAGGCUGCAUUCAUGGCCAUGUUCAUCUUGGAAAUAGAUGAGUUUAUUCUUACUCCUCUUACAACAGUGACUUUGGAUGCUGUAGAUGAAGAGACCCAAAGAGGAAGACUGGUGUUCAACAUUACUAAGCCUCCUCCUCAGGGAUAUAUUACUCAUCUGGAAGAUCAGUCAAAAAGCAUAACUUCCUUUACCUGGCAGGAUUUGUAUGAUAUGAAAAUUGCUUUCCAACCCUCCAGUAUUUCUCAUUCUGAAAGACAGAACUAUGAGGUUGAAUUUCAAGCAAUUGAUAGUUUCUUCAUGAGCAGCUUGCCUAUCGUGGUUCAUUUUUCAGUACGAAGCGCUGUAACAAAUGCUCCUAGAGUUGCAUGGAACAUGGGACUUGACUUGUUAGAAGGACAGUCUCAUCCAAUUACCUGGGAAUCGCUUCAGAUUGUAGAUAAUGACAAUCUUCAUGGUGUUCAGCUACUUGUGGUGGAAGGCUUAAAUCAUGGUUGGCUCACAGUCCAAGGUAUGUUGCUUCCUGCAAAAAAAAGCUUCAAGUUUGGAGUUAAACAACUCAGGGAUGGAGUUGUCCGCUACCAUCAUGAUAACAGUGACACAACCAAGGAUGACAUUGUCUUCAAAAUCUCUGAUGGAAAGCACAGUGUAAGGCACAAGUUUCCUAUUAACAUUCUUCCAAAAGAUGACAGCCCACCAUUCUUGGUAAACAACCUUGUCCUUGAGCUGAAAGAAGGGGACACUGUCCUUAUUGAUAAUCAUCUGCUUAUGGCUGCUGAUUUUGACUCAAGUGAUGAUUAUAUCCUCUACAAAAUAUUCAAACCACCUAGUGCUGGAGAACUUAUAAAGCAACAAUCCCCAGAUGGAUCAGGUACCUCUGUGUCCAGCUUCUUCCAAAGAGAUCUCUUCCAUGGACUUAUUUAUUAUCACCAUUUUGGAAAUGAAAUUUUUCAAGACUCAUUUGAAUUUAUCUUAGCUGACAGCCAGGAACCACCUAACCUUUCAGAUCCUCAGAUUGUGAUGAUCCACAUUAUGCCAGUGAAAGACCAUUUGCCAGAAGAAGUCCCUGGGACGAUAAAGCAUCUUGUUGUCAAAGAAACAGAGAUUGCACACAUCACAAAGGAUAAUCUCCAUUUUACAGAUGCUGAAUCACCUGACAACCAACUUAUAUAUACGGUUACAAAAGCCUGUUUCUCACCCACCUCGCCUGGGCUAUAUGAUGCAGGAAAGCUAAUUUUCACAGAUAAUGUGAAAAGUUACAUGAAAAUUUCUCCUUCCUCUGCAUUAUCAUCUUUCACACAGCAUGCUGUAACCCAUAUGAAAGUGGCAUACAUGCCCCCGUUAAUGGAGAUGGGCCCUGACCUGUUGUUUGUACAGUUUGAAUUCUCUGUCAGUGACCAGCAGGGAGGAACGAGGACUGGUCUCUUUUUUAACAUCACAGUGAUGCCCGUGGAUGAUGAAGCACCUGAGAUUUUCACGAAUCAUCUAAAAACAGAAGAAGGUACCGGUGUAUUCAUCACUGCAGAACAUCUAAUGGUUACAGACUUGGACACCAAAACCAGUGAUAUACAGAUUGAACUGAAGAAAUCACCUUUACACGGAUACAUUAAACUACAUGGAAAUAUUAUGCUGGAGGGGGAGAAAUUUACCCUAUGGGAUUUGCACUCUUCCAGUGUUUGGUAUCAGCAUGACAGUUCAGAAACCCUUGAAGACAGGGUUAUAUUUUCAGCAACAGAUGGAUUUAACACUGCAGAUGGAACAUUAAGAGUACAGAUUAUUCCAGUUAAUGAUGAGCCACCAGAACUGCAGCCUGGAUUGAAAUCAAGUUUGGAGUGCCUGGAAGGAGGACGAAUUCUCAUCACUGCUGAAUAUCUCUAUGCAACAGAUGCUGACAGUGAUGAUGCCAGACUCACUUAUAUGAUUGUGGGGACUCCAAAGCAUGGUGUGAUUCAAAAGGAGAACUUCAUGGUGGAUAGGUUCUCUCAAAAUGAUGUUACUCAAGGUGCCAUCUCCUAUGUUCACACUGGAGGAGAAAUAGGGCACAGGUAUAUCAUGGACAGCAUAACUUUUGUUAUCUCAGAUGGAGAAGCUGGAACAGCAGAUGGCUGUUGCAUUGAUAAAAAAAUCCUACCACCUAUUCCCCUUCAUUCCAGUUUACCAGUGCAUGAUCUGAGCAUCAGAGUAUUGCCUGUUAACAACCAGUGGCCCUUGAUUCGAACUGGAGAGCUGUUUGUAGUGGAAGAAGGCUCUUCAGCACGUAUCACUUUAAAAUACCUGGAUGCAUCAGAUGAAGAUUCAAAACCUGAGGAGCUAACUUUCUUCUUGGAGACAAAUCCUGUGUAUGGUUACCUGGAGAAUAUUCUUCCUACACCUGGAUAUGAGAAAAGCAAUGCUGGGUUGAACAUAAGUGUCUUCACAUUUCAGAAUCUCCAAGAUGGUUAUAUCAACUAUGUUCAGGCUAAGCAUGAGCAUUCAGAACCCACCUCUGAUGGCUUCAUAGUAUCAAUCAGUGAUGGUCUUCAUAAAUCCAUAGCAAUACCUUUCUACAUUGUCAUUUUUCCAGUUAAUGAUGAAAUUCCACAGCUGCAACUCAGAAACAUAACAGUAAUGGAAGGCAACAUUGGGACAAUAGGACCAGGCACCAUUAAUGUUGAAGAUUUUGAUGUCCCUCAAGAUCUGUUGAGAUUCUACAUUGUUACUCCACCUCGCCAUGGGAUAAUACUAAAUGGAAUUUAUGGUGGAGAAACUGAACAUUAUAGGAAAUUAAGCCCAAUGGUACUUCAUCAAGAUUUAGAGAUUCACAGCUUUACUUUGGAGGAGUUCAAACAAGGACUGAUGCUUAUGUACAUGCAUGAUGACACAGAAAGCCUAGAGGAUAGUUUCACCGUUCAGCUGACAGAUGGCAAGCACACAGUCCAAGGGACACUUUACAUCUACAUCAUGUCAGUCAAUGAUGAAACCCCUCAUCUUUCCAGGAACACAGGUGUAGAAGUUGAAGCCGGGGGCAGUAAAGUUAUUUCCAGUGUGUCAUUAGAAGUAGAAGACAAAGAUUCUCCAAGGAAUCAACUUCAGUAUGUCAUCAACAACAAGCCAAAAUGGGGACACCUAAAAUUAAAGACUGCCAGUAGCUUGAGCACGCUGCACCCUGGAAGGAAUUUCACUCAAGAUGAUGUGGACAUGAACCGCCUCUGGUACUUCCAUACUAACAUCCUGAUUCCAGAAAGUCAUGACAGCUUCCUUUAUGUGACAGAUGGGCAGAACAGCUCUCCACCAGGAAGCUUCUAUAUGUUCAUUAAAAGUAUGGUCAAAGGUGACAUUGUUCUAUUCACCAAACCUGUAACUUUAACAGAGGGUGACAGGGUGACCUUGACGACAGAUGUUCUUAUGGCAACAGAUGGCACUGGUAAACCCGAGAAGCUGCUGUAUGCCAUUUCUGUGCCACCUGUGCAUGGUCAGAUUGAGUACAUCAAUUAUCCCGGCGUGCCCAUUUCUCGCUACAGCCAGUUGGAUGUUGUGGCCCAGAAGGUCUGCUACAUUCAUGACAAUAGCCACGAGGCUAGUAAGGAUUCAUUCAGUUUUAUCAUCAGUAAUGAUCAUAUGGAGAAAAAAGGCCAGCUAGAAUUAAACAUUGAGCGCACUGACCGGAUUCCACCUACUUUACUUUAUAACAAAGGUCUCCAUAUUGUGGAGGGUAGCAAAGGAUUCUUAACUUCAGAUAUUCUUCAGCUUACAGAUGUAGACAGUCCAGUAAAAAACCUCACCUAUAUUAUCACCCAGCACCCACAAUAUGGACAUUUAUACUUGAAAGAAAUGGUCAUACACUGGGACCAAUUUACACAAAUGGAUGUGGAUAAUACAGAAGUGUACUACAAACAUAAUGGAGGAGCUGGGCAAAUUGAUAAGUUCUCAUUUAUAGCUACAGACAAGGUCAAUCAUGGAGUUUUGGUGAAUGGGCAAUUGAGAGAUGACCCCAUUGAAUUUAUAAUACAGGUAGAAUGCCAAGACAAAAUGGUUCCAAAACUCUUAGUAAAAGUGAGCCCAAGCACCAUACAAAACCUGAAAGAUGGGAGAUUAGCUAUACCUAUCACAGUUCACAACCUGAAAGUUACAGACGAUGAUAGCAAAGAUGAAGAUCUCAUCUUUAGUGUUCGGCGUCAGCCUUACUUUGGGUAUCUUGAAAAUCCAAGAGCAGGUGGUCUACUGAAAAAUUCUUUUACUCAAGAUGAUUUAAACCAGCAUAAUAUUCGGUACAUUAUAAAUCCCACCAAUGAAGUUACUUCUGAUAGCUUUGAAUUUGAAGUCUCGGAUUCAGCUGGCAAUGCAAUAGUUCCAGAGAUUCUUGAAAUAAAAUGGUCUCGUAUAGAACUGGCUGAAACAUGUUAUCGCAUUUGUGAAAACAUUGGGUCUCUUCCUAUCAAAAUUCUAAGGAAUGGAGGGAGUGCUGAGCCAACAUUUGUUGGAAUAAAGGUCCAAGAAGGGUCAGCUAGAAAUGGCUUGGACUUCAAACAUAGUACAGCAAAACUGAUACAGUUUGAUCCCGGUGCUUCUACCAAGUUCUGGAAUAUCUUCCUUCAGGAUGAUGGCCUUGAAGAAAAUAAUGAAGUAUUUAAAGUAAUACUGAACAAGCCUAAAAAUGCUGUACUGGGACACAAGAGGGAAGCAACUGUUCAAAUUCUAGACACCAGGACGGGUGGCUGUCCUUCCACAACCUCCCAAAAUGAUGACACUCAAGAAAUACAAGAAAGGACCAGCAACAGUUCACAAGGCAUAUUGCAUGCUGAUCAUUCUUGUAUACCCAGUAGAAGAGGAAAUGUCCUUCAGGAUGAACAGUAUUUGAAUAAGGAGAAUUCUCAUCCUGAUUCUUCCCCUAGAGGAGAAGUUCCUCAGAUGGAUCACUGGCUUGAUCAUAAAACUAAAUCUAGGAAAUGCCCUUCCAGCUGGACACACAGAGGCAAAUAUUGCUACAUUUUGAGUUCUGCGAGUAAUGUAACAUGGGAUAGUGCUGAAAGAGCCUGCAGGAAAUGGUCCACUGGUCAUCUAGCUAGUGUGCAUUCCCCAAAGGAGAUGGCAUGGCUCUGGAACUUUGCCAAUAAGCAGCCAUUUUGGAUUGGAUUAAAAGAAGAUAAAAUGGGCAGCUGGGUAUGGACUAAUGGCCGGCCAGUCACCUUCCAUCAUAUCAUAGAAGGAAAGGAAAGACCACGUAGGACCACUGAAGAAAGAUGUGCAUUUGUCCAAAUGCAGAAGCAAUGGGCUGCAAGAAUAUGUAGACAGAGGCUGAAUGGAAGAUAUGUUUGUUCUAUCUCCUCAGCAGCUUCUACUUCCCCCAAAAUGCAAACAUGAAUUAGUCGGAAUGUGAUGCUGGCAAGGGGAUUUCAUAAGAUAUUACCAUGAGAAGCAAAGUUACAACAAAUUUUAGAAGAAUAGCUGUGAAGUUACAUAAGACAUUGAUUGUAAAACUGCUUCAUAAAACAUCUUGAUGAAGGCCAAACGUAUUGUCCUUGAUCUGUUUUGGUCAACCUGCUAGGUCUUCUGUUGUCAGAUAGUUCUUGUGUUAUCAGAUUCAGGUGUUUACAUAAUAAAGUCUAGAGAGCAAAAAUCUGCAGUUGACUGUUUAGAAGAUUUUUUGGAAACCAUCAGCAACACAUCAGUGCAGGCCCACUUACCUUCACUUCUAGAAUAAAAGUGGUCCAAAAGAUAAGACUAAUAUCUGUAUCUCAUUGUGAAUUAAAGAGAACAGUCUUCUGAUAUUGACAGUUGACUGGCAUAGAAAGGCAGGAAGCAAAGAAAAGAUAAGUAAUGCUAUUCAAAUAUAUAAUUUUUAGUACCAACAGAACCAUUUUAGAUUAUUGUUCAUUUGGAGGCUUACAAAGGAUUUUUUUAUCUUUUGAAAUUCCAAAAGACUGGAUCAAGUGGGGCUAGGGAAACAACAACCUGUAAGCUGCAUUUGUCACCAAAUUCUUUUUUGUACUACCUGAAGCCUUUCCUGAUGUCCCCAAAUCCCCCAACCCCACCAUAAAAUAAAAAAGAAAAGAAAAUCCAGAAUUGUGGUAGAGGUUUUUAAAAAGCUUCAAGGGGUCAUAUUUUUUUUCCUUGGGGUCCUCCAGGAAUGGCAAAUUUUGUGAUUCAACCCACCCCAUGUCCAAGAAACCCUCUGAAAGAGAGGAAAAUGGAAACUUUAAGUGACUCAGUCAUAUUGUGAUUGGGUUCUCACAGGCCCUUCAGCCUGUUUUAUGGGGGUAAAAUUUGGUUUGUGCUGCAAUUGCCUACGCUAGGAUGAAGAAGAGGCCUUCUGCACUCAUUAUUUCAUUGGUCAGGAUCUUCAAAACCUCUGCUCAACAUAAAAUGAUUUGUUUAUGUAAACAGACCCUUCAUAUUAAUAUAGUACCUAACAAACCUUAGAAACCUUAUUAUGGUAGAGAAGGUAUUUAAUAAAGAAUUAGUCAAGAAUUCCAUUAGGUUUUCUAAGACCUUCUAAGGGUCAUGUAAAAAUUAAUAGACAAAAACAGAUAUUUUUUGUUUCCUAUUACUAUGAAAUCUCUGUUGAAUAAGAUCAUUGCAUCCUUUCAGCUUUAGAGAGCAUACAGUUAAUGCACUGAGGCUCCAUCAUUCCCUGGCCAUGAAGUUAAUGGUGCUGUUCAUAUAAACCUUGGCCUCAUGUAUGAUUUGGAACCCCGCAAGCUGUUGAGUUAUGACAAUGGUAUGUUUCUUAGGUUUACACAUUCUGUUUAUCAAUAUGAAAGCCAGUGACAUUUUGGGAGAAUGAAAAGUAAACAAAGAGAAGUCACACAAAUUCAAAUUACAUAUGACUUUUGUCAGAUGGUGCUUUUAUAACUGGUUGAAACAAAUCAAUAGCAAGAAAAUAAUUUAUACUGAGACUGUAACUUAGGAAGAGCAAAGCUUUCACCCCAUCAAGUUAGGCCUUUACUCAGUGUAGGAAUGAAAGUUAAAUUUGCAUUGUCCUUCCAGUUUUCAGUUCCCAAUCUUUGCUAUACAUGUUGAAUUUCUGUAGUUCUAUACUUAGUAAAUUGACAUUUUAAUUCCUUUCCUAAAUUCAUUAAAUAUUAUAC